AUGGUGGUGCAGAGUAAUCUGGAUAUCGGGGAAACCAGGAAAGGAAUCAUGCUGGAACCAUUCAUCCACCAGGUUGGAGGACAUAUGAGCAUGAUGAAGUAUGAUGAUUGCACUGUCUGUAAGCCACUGGUCUCUCAGGAGCAAUGGUUCUACGAAGCUCUUCCAACAGCAAUGAAACAGUUCACUCCUCGUUACAAAGGUGUAAUAUCUGUAUAUCUCAAGAAGGACAGCAUGGGGAACCUGAAUUUUGUAGCCUAUCCACACACAGAUCAUCACAAUUUCUUGGAUAACACCUCAAAGGAGUGUUCAAUGACAAUAUGGCAGAAACUCAACCAAGCAAAAACCGUCAAAUGGAAUCAAAGUCCAUUAACAAAUGUCAUUGAAAGCAGCUGCCAUGGGAACACACGACUGCAGACAGAUCUUCAGCACCACCAAGAUGUAUCAUCACUUAUGGAGGAUGCCAAUGGGAACCAAGAGGCAAAUAACAGCUUUAAUCCAUGGGGACUGCACUGUCACAAACAGCAUCUGAAUCGCAUGUCUUCCAAGUAUAAGGAGAAUAAACCUCACCAAUUUCUGUUGCUAGAAAAUGUUGUAUCCAAAUAUAAAUACCCAUGCAUUCUGGACUUAAAAAUGGGAACCAGGCAGCAUGGUGAUGAUGCAUCAGAGGAGAAGAAAGCACGGCAAAUAAAGAAAUGUGAACAGAGUACAUCAGCCUCCCUUGGAGUCCGUAUUUGUGGCAUGCAGGUUUACCAGGCAGAUACCAUCCAAUAUAAUUGCAAGGAUAAGUACUAUGGACGAAAACUUUCACCAGAUGGCUUCAAGCAAGCCCUUUGCCAGUUCCUUCACAAUGGGAAUCAUUUUAGAACAGACCUCGUGGAACCAAUUUUGUUUCAGCUGAAUACUCUGCUAUCUGUCAUCAAAAACCAAAAUUCUUACCGGUUCUUCUCUAGCUCGCUUCUCAUAAACUAUGAGGGACUGGAGAAAACAAUGCCUUCAGACAAUGACCCUCAGGGACACUAUCAAAACCUAGUCUGCUCUGCUUCACAUGGGAAUAGCCAUCCUAAAGUUGAUGUUCGCAUGAUAGACUUUGCUCACGCAACUUACAAAGACUUGAGAUAUGAAGGACCAGAUCAUGGUUAUAUUUUUGGUCUAGAAAACUUAAUUAAAAUUUUCCAGAGUAUAUCUAUGGGAGAAUGA